UGCAUUAUCGGAUCAGAUUGAACCUGUAGUCCAACGUUAUAGAGUUAAGUACAUAUAGUUUACGCAGUUUUCAGGCAAACAACAGUUGCAGCGUAGUUAGCUAACUGGUGAAGCUAACACCAGCAGCAGCUCUGUUGUUCUAGCACAUCCUGGGUUUUCUGAAAGGAGCCAACACAGACGAAUUCCGAAAUGUCUUCAGACGAAGACAGGGCCAAGGAAAUUUUGAAGGGCUUCAAACUAAACUGGAUGAAUCUCCGAGAUGCAGAAACAGGCAAAGUGCUAUGGCAGGGAACUGAAGACCUUUCUGUACCAGGAGUAGAACAUGAAGCUCGUGUCCCAAAGAAGAUACUGAAGUGUAAAGCAGUGUCCAGGGAACUGAACUUUUCCUCCUCUGAGAAAUUGGAGAAGUUCAGGCUGGAGCAGAAAGUCUUCUUCAAAGGGCAGUGUCUAGAAGAAUGGUUCUUUGAGUUUGGCUUUGUUAUCCCCAACUCCACCAACACAUGGCAGUCUCUGAUAGAAGCAGCUCCAGAGUCCCAGAUGAUGCCGGCCAAUGUUUUAACUGGUAAUGUGAUCAUCGAGACUAAGUUCUAUGAUGACGACCUACAUGUCAGCACCUCCAGGGUACGACUUUUCUACGUCUGACCACUGACCCAUCUACCUUCCAAAAUGCUGACGUCCUGCCAAGGUCUAUACAUUUCCAAGGUUACCCACCAUUUGCACCAGUAAACCAAUCCUUCCUGAAUUUGGAUCAGCACAUUUGGGUGAAACCCAGUUGUGGUCCCACGGUCACUGCAGUGAGCUUUGUGUUUGGUUAUUUUCAUGUUUUGCAUUUACCUGUAAAACUUCUUUUAGACCUUGGGCGGAGAGGGUAGAGAUGGAGAGAGGACUCAGUUGUUCCCCUUGCUCCAAAAUCAUCUCUCUCUUCACACCCCCUCCUCAGACUGUUCCAUUGUAAAUACAUCACCACUGAUUUCAAAUCAGCCAGGAAGCUACUCUGAAAUGACACAGUUGUGUGUGUGUGUUUUUUUUUUUUU